AUGCUGGGAGAAGGCAUUCAGGAGAAAGCUCUGCCUGUAAAGGGCAGUGGCUUGUUGUGUGAGGCACUUGUUUUGGUGCCUGGCAGACAGAAUUUGUCUGUUAACAGUGACUCCACUGACUUGGGUUUAGGGAAACCCAGUGUGGAUGGUGGUGGAGAAGUCUCAGAGGGACUGAGGGUUGUUCCAGAUGAGGCAGGAACAGCCAGAGAAUUGGAGCAGGCUGCUAACCCAGUGACUGUGGGUGACCAGCCUGCUGGGAAGUCAGUGUGUGUGGGACAGGAUUGUUCCCAGGUGAAGGAGGAGAGUGGGAAGUUAGUGUCUCAGAUUCAGGAGAAGGGCUGGGUAGCUAAGUAUGCAGAGCAGAACAGCUGUGUGGUCACUCUCCCUAGGAUGCAGGAGAUGGCAGUUACGCUCCCAUCUCUGGACACGGUGGACACUCAUACUCAAUCAGGGAAGUUGAUAUCUGGUUCCAUGUGGAAACAGAGGUUGGAGGUGGACAGAGGAGAGACUUGGGAGUCUACAGCUCACUGCUGUUACCCCACUGAGUGGGGGAAGGGGGAAAAUUCCAGGGCCAUUGUGAGCCAGGGAGUCACGCCCAGCCAGCCCUUUGUCUGGGUCUGGCCAGAGGUUUCAGGACCUAGCCUGUGCUGCGUGUAG